UCCUACUGCCCAUCCCCCCAUCUGCAAAUGUCCGUAUAUUUCAAACACAGAGAAGCAGAGGGACUCUCAUGAAACUUUCCUUCAAGGAACAACUUAAUAAACCAUUGCAAGGUGUUCAAAGGAAUCCUUUUUUUUAGAGUCAAUACCAUCUUCAUGGAAGGUCACAAAAAGAAAAAGGAAACCUUUACGAGGAGAUGGGUUGUUUCGAUCCCAACACUCCUGCUGAAGUCACGGUGGAGACUAGCUUCUCUCAACCCGAACAACCACCACCACCACCACAACAACAACAACCGCCGCAAAUACUUGUCGCCGGAAGCACAAGCAACAGCAAUUGCAGUGUUGAAGUAGAAGAGCUCUCUGAAUUCCAUCUCAGCCCACAAGACUGUCCUCAACCUGCUUCAACACCUCUCCAAUUCCACAUCAACCCUCCUCCUCCACCGUGUGAUCAAUUCCAUAACAAUAUGAUUCACCAAAUGGCUACACACCAUCAGCAGCAACAAUCUGAUUGGGAUCAGAAUAAUGGGUAUCAAGAUUUCGUCAAUAUGGUUCCAAACUCUGCUACAACUCCUGAUUUGCUUAGUCUCUUACACUUGCCUAGAUGCUCACUGCCUCCUCCUCCUCUUCAUCAUCAUCCUUCUUCUAUGCUUCCUAACUCAUUCUCAGACAUUAUGUCUUCUUCCUCUGCUGCUGCUGUCAUGUACGAUCCACUCUUCCAUUUGAAUUUCCCUAUGCAGCCUCGAGAUCAGAACCACCUCAGAAACGGGUCUUCUUCUUGUUUACUUGGAGUUGAAGAUCAGAUUCAGAUGGAUGCUAAUGGUGGUGUGAAUAUGAUGUAUUUUGAAGGAGGCCACAACAACAACGACAACAACGGUGAUGGGUUUGACAAUGGGGUUCUCGAGUUUAACACAACUGGUGUUGUUACUCGUAAAAGAAGAAGAUCUAAAAAGUCUAACACUUCACCUACAGAACGUGAAAGAAGAGUUCACUUCCAUGAUCGUUUCCAAGACUUAAAGAGUCUCAUUCCAAAUCCAACUAAGAGUGAUAGAGCAUCCAUCGUUGGAGAGGCUAUAGAUUACAUCAAAGAGCUGUUAAGGACAAUAGAGGAGUUUAAGAUGCUUGUGGAGAAGAAGAGAUUUGGGAGAUUCAGGAGCAAGAAGAAAGCUAGACGUGGAGAAGAUCAACAUGAAGAAGAAGAAGACACUGUGAAUUACAAGCCACAGAGUGAAGUAGACCAAUCUUGUUUCAACAAGAACAACAACUCACUGAGAUGUUCUUGGCUUAAGAGGAAAUCGAAAGUAACUGAGGUUGAUGUUCGCAUAAUCGAUGAUGAAGUCACCAUCAAGCUCGUCCAGAAGAAGAAGAUUAACUGUCUGUUGUUCACCACCAAAGUUCUUGAUCAGCUUCAGCUUGAUCUUCACCAUGUUGCAGGUGGACAGAUUGGUGAGCAUUACAGCUUCUUGUUCAACACUAAGAUUUGUGAAGGAUCAUGUGUGUAUGCAAGUGGAAUUGCAGACACAGUGAUGGAGGUUGUGGAGAAACAGUACAUGGAAGCUGUUCCAAGCAACGGUUACUAAGUUUUACCAGACACACUUGUGGGGUUAAUUGCUUUUUUCUAAUAACUUUUGUUGUACUCCCUCCCUAAUGACUGAUUCAGUUAUUAGUAGUCACUUUGGUAAUUUUCAAGUUAUCUAAGCUAGAGUUAGAGUGCUGAAGAGGCUCUUGGUCUGGAUUUUGUUUAACUCUACAAACUUCUAGCUUUAUGAGAGUUUUAAUUUUCGACCA